GUGUCUAAAAACUUGUACUUCAAAGAUUGUUUUUUUCCCCCCUCCCCAGAUUAUGUCUACUUUGAAAACUCUUCAAGUAAUCCAUAUUUGAUAAGGAGAAUAGAAGAACUCAAUAAGACAGCCAAUGGAAACGUAGAAGCAAAAGUGGUGUGUUUCUAUAGACGGAGGGACAUCUCAAGCACAUUAAUUGUACUGGCUGACAAACAUGCAAGAGAAAUGGAAGAAGAGAUGGAAAACCCAGAAAAGAUUGAUUUACCAGAGAAACAGAAACAUCAACUGCGACACCGAGAACUGUUUCUCUCACGUCAAUUGGAAUCCUUACCAGCCACUCAUAUUAGAGGCAAAUGCAGUGUUACACUCUUAAAUGAAACAGAAUCCCUUAAAUCCUAUCUGGAACGUGAGGACUUCUUUUUUUAUUCACUAGUAUAUGAUCCACAGCAGAAGACUCUUCUAGCUGAUAAGGGAGAAAUCAGAGUUGGAAACAAAUACCAGGCUGAUGUAACAGACUUACUGAAAGAAGGUGAAGAUGAUGGCAGAGACCAAUCAAAACUUGAAACAAAAGUUUGGGAAGCAUUUAAUCCACUAAUAGACAAACAGAUAGAUCAGUUCCUUGUAGUAGCACGCUCUGUGGGUACAUUUGCUCGCGCUCUAGACUGCAGCAGUUCUGUUCGGCAGCCAAGCUUACACAUGAGUGCUGCAGCAGCAUCUAGGGAUAUCACACUGUUCCAUGCCAUGGAUACUUUGCACAAAAACAUCUAUGACAUUUCCAAGGCAAUUUCUGCCCUUGUGCCCCAGGGUGGGCCUGUCUUGUGCAGGGAUGAGAUGGAGGAAUGGUCUGCUUCUGAGGCAAAUCUCUUUGAAGAAGCCCUUGAAAAAUAUGGAAAGGAUUUUACUGAUAUUCAGCAAGAUUUUCUUCCAUGGAAGUCCUUAACCAGCAUAAUUGAGUACUACUAUAUGUGGAAAACAACAGAUCGAUAUGUUCAACAGAAAAGGUUGAAAGCUGCAGAAGCAGAAAGCAAGCUAAAGCAAGUAUAUAUUCCUAAUUAUAACAAGCCAAACCCCAACCAGAUCAAUGUCAAUAAUAUCAAGCCGGGAGUGGUAAAUGGUACAGGAGUUCAGGCACAGAACACGGGCACAGGACGAGCCUGCGAAAGCUGCUAUGGUAAUGACGCAGUUCACCAGUGGUAUUCUUGGGGUCCUCCUAACAUGCAGUGUCGUCUGUGUGCAUCUUGCUGGACAUACUGGAAGAAAUAUGGAGGCUUGAAAAUGCCUACACGGCUAGAUGGAGAACGGCCAGGGCCAAAUCGAAACAAUUUGAGUCCUCACAGUGGACCCUUGAGGAACAAUGGGAGCCCCAAGUUUGCCAUGAAAACGCGACAAGCUUUCUAUCUCCAUACUACAAAGCUGACCAGACUCGCCAGACGAUUAUGCAGGGACAUCUUGCGUCCGUGGCACGCGGCACGGCACCCUCAUUUGCCUAUCAACAGUGGAGCAAUCAAAGCUGAAUGUGCAUCUCGUUUACCAGAAGCUUCAGAAGAUUUGUUGCUAUUAAAACAUGUUGUCAGAAAACCUUUAGAAGCAGUACUUCGGUAUCUAGGUAAAUAGACUGCUGAAUCGUAUACAUGC